AUGUCGCAGGUGUAUAGAAAACAGCUCUGGAGACAAAUUGUUUCCAAAGUCAUUCAGCAAAAGUUGAAAGAGGAGCGUGAAGCCAAGCGGGCUCAGCUGGAUGGAAGACAUGACUAUAUCCUCAGUAUUGUGGCUUCAUGCUUGGGGCUGGAGAAAGCAGAUGUGGAAGAUGCCAUAUUGGAGGGGAAUCAGAUUGACCGCAUGGAGCAAUUUUUCAUGGCUGACGGUCUUCCACACCUAAUGUUCUACUAUCAGGACACUGAACCAACUGGAGCAGCACCAGCACCAGCAGCUACAGCCUCUAUGCCCGCCCAGCCUGUUGCCCAGCAGCCUGGUCACAGCAAGAAGUCCAAAGUGUUUGUAACAGAUGGGAGGGAUGUGGCACUGACCGGAGUGUGUGUCUUCUUCACCAGAGCCAAUACUUCAAAGGCAGUCACCUCUGAGAACAUACACAGAGAUGUGAAUUUCAAUAUGUUGGAUACAACGGAAGGUGGUCUUUUAAAAAGUGUGGAGCAGCUGCUUUCUGAGAUCUUCAUUCCCACACUGAGGAAGAUGAACCACGGCUGGGGAGACGGGACAAGUCCUCAGACCCUGGUCGUCAAACAGGACUUCAUAUCUUCAUUGGAAAGCUUUGUGUCUGUGUUGGUUGGAGCACAGGAGAGCCUUCAGGAAAAGGUUACCUUGAAAGAGUGCGACACCUUUGACUUGAAGGUACUGAAGGGCCCGUCGGACUACGUGGCAGCUGCCAGCAGCACAGAGACCAUAGAGAAGAUAGAGGCCUGCAUGAAAGUCUGGAUCAAACAAAUAGAACAGGUUUUAGCUGAGAGUGACCAGCUUAGAAAGGAGGCUGAUGAUCUUGGCCCUCGGGCUGAGCUGGAGCACUGGAAGAAACGGAUGACUCGCUUCAACUACCUUCUGGACCAGCUGAAGAGCCCUGAUGUCAAAGCUGCUCUGGGUGUGGUCUUGCUGGCUAAAUCUAAGCUCAUAAAGUCAUGGCGGGAACUGGAUGCAAGGAUCACAGAUGGAGUUAAUGAGGCCAAAGACAACGUCAAGUAUCUCUACAGCUUGGAGAAGUUUUGCGACCCGCUCUACAACAGUGACCCUGUAUCAAUGGUGGAUGCAAUCCCAGGUCUGAUCAAUGCCAUCAGGAUGAUUCACAGUAUUUCCCGCUACUACAACACAUCUGAAAAGAUUACAUCACUUUUUGUAAAGGUGACAAACCAGAUGAUCACAGCUUGUAAGGCCUAUAUCACUGAUAAUGGCACAAACUCAAUAUGGGACCAACCUCAGCAAGUCAUUAUUGAGAAAAUCAAAGCUGCCAUUCGCCUAAACCAGGAAUACCAGCGAUGUUUCCACAGAACCAAGGAGAAGCUGGAGCAGACUCCUUCAGAAAGACAGUUUGACUUCAGCGAGAUGUACAUCUUUGGAAAGUUUGACACAUUCCAGCGAAGACUGAACAAGAUCCUCGAAAUGUUCGCCACCAUUUCCACCUACUCCGUUCUAAAGGACUCGAAGAUAGAAGGGCUGGAGACGAUGGCCACCAGGUUUCAAGCUAUUGUGUUAAACAUGAAGAAAAAACAUUACAGUUUUCUAGACCAGAGGAGAAGUGACUUUGAUGUUGACUAUGAGGAAUUCUGCAAAAGCACUUCUGAACUCCACAAUCAACUGAAGAGUUUCAUGGAUAGCACCUUUGAAAAAAUUGAAAAUACAGAAAGGGCUCUAAAUGUGCUGAAGACCUUUCAAAGACUGGGCAUCCCAGAUCUUGGGAUUGAUGAGAAGUAUCAGCAAAUUUUACAAAAUUAUGGCCGGGACAUUGAAAUGGUUUUCCGCAUCUACAUGAAGCAGAAACUUGACCCCCCCAUUGGCAGGGACUUGCCCCCAGUGGCCGGUCGGAUCAUGUGGGCUCGGCAGCUGUACAGCCGUAUACAGGGACCCAUGGAUCUCUUUCAGCAGCAUCCAGGAGUUCUUUCCACAUCAGAGGCAAAAAGGAUCAUCAAGAACUUUAACCGUGUAGCAAGAGCGUUGUUGGAGUUUGAGAUGAUCUACCAUCACAGCUGGAUGAAAAAGAUGGAGGAUGCCAAAGUUGGCCUGCAAGCCUCUCUUCUGGUCAGAUCUCCAGAAACUGGCGAGUUAUUUGUGAACUUUGAUCCAGAGAUUCUGACGCAGAUCAGAGAGGUGAACUGCAUGACAAAGAUGAAUUUGGCAAUCCCUCCCUUUGCUCUUCUACUGCUGCAAAAACAGGACGUCUUUAAGAAACACUACAAUAGAAUACAGCUGAUGUUGAGCGAGAACACUAAAGUGCGUGCCAAGAUUCAGAGUGUCUUUGAACAGCUGGCCAUGCCACAUGUAGCUAAGGUGGAUGAGGCUAUACAACCGGGUUUGACCUCCCUCAACUGGACAUCUCUGAACAUUGACAAGUAUCUCGACCGCAUCGACAAAGCGUUGGCUGAUCUUGAGUUGCUGAUGGACAGAGUGAAUGACCUGGUGGAGUUUAGAAUAGAAGCAGUACUGCAGGAGAUGAGCAUAUCCAACCUGUGUGUCCUGCCAGAGGAUGAGCCUGUGACCUGUGAGGAGUUUGUUCAAACCACCAGGGACCUUUGCAUAAGACAAGCCCAGAAAGUGAACAUGAAGAGCUCACUGGUGGAGGAGGCAGCUAAUGAACUGAUCAACAUGCUGCUAGAGUUUGACCACAAUCAGAGAGAGGAGGUGGAGAAGUUUGAGGAAGAAAGCUGCACAGAGAGCAAGACCAUAGACCACAAUGACAGUGAUGACGAGCGUCUCUUCUCCAGAAACACGCUGCUACGUUCUGCUAGUGUUGGUCCUUCUUCUCCGUUGGUGAGGAGGAAGAAGAAGAGGGACUUGAUGGAAGUGAUGGAGCAGGAAGCCCAGGAGCUGCUGUCCUACUUCAACCACCGUAAUGUGGAUGCCUUGCUCAAAGUGACACGCAACACCCUUGAGAUGUUGCGCAAGCGCAUACAUACGUCCUCGCUCAUACACUUCUCUGGUGCGUCUUCUGCAAGCGACCCAACCAGCCAUGGCAAAAGCAGCGAUCACCAUGCAAUCUUCAGAGUAAACAUGACCCUUUCCAUCCCUAACAUUGUCAUGGUUCCAGCUUUGGAGGAGGUUCAACAGGCUCUAAACCGCGCUGUAGAGUGUGUAGUCAGUGUCAGCAAAGGAGUCAGCCAGUGGAGCAAAGAAAGGAUAUCUAAGAGACAAAUGAAUGAAAGGCGAAUGGCGGCACUGAAACAAGACAGCUCUGAGAGCGAAACAGAGGACGGAGCAACAACAUACAGAAGCUUGGCUGACAUGUCAGCUUCUGUGAUCCAGGCCAUCCCGUUCCAAGCCAGAAAUUACUACAAGAGUGUGUCUGAGAACAAGGAAAUAGCCAAGCUAAUCUCUGUACUUAGCACCUCUAUCACCUCCAGUAAAAAGGAAGUGGUGACCGCUCUACAUCACUUUAGCCGUUACCAUCACAUCUGGAGGAAAGACCGUGAAGAGACCAUGAGGAAAUUUAUCGAGGGGAGUCCCUUGUUAUCGGAGUUUGAGAGCCAGAUUCUUUUCUAUCGAGAUCUAGAGCUGGAAGUAAACUCUGAACCAGAGUAUAUUGCUGUAGGAGCCUUGGCGCUAUUCACAGCACCCUUAAAGAUGUCCCUCUCUGCUGAAAUCAAGAAUUGGAUGGUGGACUACGGACUUUACUGUAACAGGAAAUGUCGCUCAGAGAUGGAGCACAUUUUUGCUUUUGUAGAUGAAGCAGGAAAGAAACUGAAUCGACAAAUCAAAGACCUGGAUGAUAUUCGUAUUGCCAUGGCCGCACUGAAGGAGAUCAGAGAGCACCAGAUAUCUAUUGAUUUUCAAGUUGGGCCCAUAGAGGAGUCCUAUGCCAUGCUCCAUAAGUAUGAACUAUCAGUGGCUAAAGAGGAGGCUGAAAAAGUGGAUACUCUGCGCUACACUUGGGAAAAGCUCUUGUCCCGGAGCACAGAGGUGCAGAACGAGCUGGUCACCUUGCAGCCAAACUUCAGAGAAGAACUGGUCAGCAAUGUGGAGACCUUUCUGGAAGACUGCCAACACUUUUAUCAAGAUUAUGAAAAGGACGGUCCCAUGGUUGUGGGACUUGCACCCCAAGAUGCCAGUGACCGGCUGAUCAUGUUCCAGAAUCGAUUUGACAACCUGUUCAGGAAGUACAUCACUUACACGGGAGGCGAAGAGCUCUUUGGACUUCCUGUUACCCAGCAUCCUCAGCUAUUGGAGAUUAGGAAGCAACUGGCUCUGCUGCAGAAGUUGUACGGCCUUUACAACAAUGUCAUCGAUACAGUUAAUGGCUACUAUGAUAUCCUCUGGGCUGACAUCUGCAUCGAGAAGAUUAAUAAUGAGCUGCUCGACUUUCAGACGAGGUGUCGAAAACUGCCUCGUGCUCUGAAAGAGUGGCAGGCCUUUCAGGAUCUGAAGAAAACAAUUGAUGAAUUCAGUGAGUGCUGCCCCCUGCUGGAACUCAUGACUAACAAAGCAAUGAUGGCCCGGCACUGGAAGAGGAUAACGGAGGUGACUGGCCAUACCUUUGAGGUGGAAACUGAUACAUUCAAGCUGCGUAACAUAAUGGAGGCUCCUCUACUCAAGUAUAAAGAAGAGAUUGAGGAUAUCUGCAUCAGUGCUGUGAAAGAGCGUGAUAUUGAACAAAAGCUGAAGCAAGUGAUCGCUGAGUGGGACAACAAGACUUUUACAUUUGCCAGUUUUAAGACCCGUGGGGAGUUGCUGCUGAGAGGAGACAGCACAUCAGAGAUCAUUGCCAGCAUGGAGGAUAGCCUAAUGAUCUUGGGAUCCCUUAUGAGCAACCGGUACAACACCCCAUUUAAAGCCCAGAUUCAGAAGUGGGUUCAGAAUCUCUCCAACACCACUGAUAUUAUCGAGCACUGGAUGACUGUCCAGAACCUGUGGAUCUAUCUGGAGGCUGUGUUUGUGGGUGGAGAUAUCGCCAAACAGUUGCCUAAGGAAGCAAAGCGUUUCUCUAACAUUGAUAAGUCAUGGGUGAAGAUCAUGAUGCGAGCCCAUGAAAUGCCCAAUGUGGUACAGUCAUGCGUGGGGGAUGAGACCAUGGGACAGCUGCUUCCACAUCUCCUCGAACAGCUGGAGAUCUGUCAGAAGUCUCUAACAGGUUAUCUGGAGAAGAAGCGUCUGCUGUUUCCUCGUUUCUUCUUUGUCUCUGAUCCUGCCCUGCUGGAGAUCCUGGGCCAGGCCUCUGACUCCCACACCAUCCAGGCCCACCUUCUCAAUGUCUUUGACAAUAUCAAGUGUGUCCAGUUUCAUGAAAAGAUAUAUGACCGCAUUCUGGCCGUGUCAUCACGCGAGGGAGAGACUGUGGAGCUCGACCGUCCCGUCACAGCUGAAGGGAACGUGGAGGUGUGGCUCAAUGCUCUGCUGAAAGAAUCCCAGAGGUCUUUGCACCUUGUGAUCAGACAAGCUGCUCUGGCUAUCCAGGACUCUGGCUUCCAGCUAAUUGACUUCCUCAACUCCUUCCCAUCUCAAGUGGGGUUACUGGGUAUUCAGAUGAUUUGGACAAGGGACUCAGAAGAAGCUCUGACCAAUGCCCGAUACGAUCGUCGCAUCAUGUCCAAAACCAACCAGUUCUUCCUGGAUCUCCUUAACACCCUGAUUGACAUGACCACAAGAGACUUGGAGGCUGUGGAGAGGACCAAGUAUGAGACCCUCAUCACUAUUCAUGUCCACCAGAGGGACAUAUUUGAUGAACUGUGCCGGUUGCAUGUCAAAAGCUCCAGUGACUUUGAAUGGCUGAAGCAGUGCCGUUUCUACUUCAAUGAGGACUCAGACAAGAUGAUCAUCAACAUUACAGAUGUGGGCUUUGUCUACCAGAAUGAAUUCUUGGGGUGUACCGAAAGGCUUGUCAUUACACCUUUGACGGACAGGUGUUACAUCACUUUAGCCCAAGCUCUUGGUAUGAGUAUGGGUGGAGCACCUGCUGGUCCAGCUGGAACAGGAAAGACCGAGACCAUAAAAGACAUGGGUCGCUGUUUGGGAAAGUACGUUGUGGUCUUCAACUGCUCUGACCAGAUGGACUUCAGAGGCUUGGGGAGAAUAUUUAAAGGUCUGGCUCAGUCUGGUUCGUGGGGCUGUUUUGACGAGUUCAACCGCAUCGACCUCCCAGUUCUUUCUGUGGCAGCCCAGCAGAUCGCGAUAGUUCUCACCUGCAAGAAGGAACGUCGCAAAAAUUUUGUCUUCACAGAUGGAGACAAUGUGGACAUGAACCCAGAGUUUGGCAUCUUCCUUACCAUGAAUCCAGGUUAUGCAGGUCGUCAGGAGCUUCCUGAAAACCUGAAGAUCAACUUCCGCUCCGUGGCCAUGAUGGUUCCAGACCGUCAAAUCAUUAUUAGGGUAAAACUGGCCAGUUGUGGGUUUAUCGACAACAUGGAGCUUGCACGCAAAUUCUUCACGCUUUACAAGCUGUGCGAGGAGCAACUGUCCAAGCAGGUUCACUAUGAUUUUGGCCUGCGCAACAUUCUGUCAGUUCUGCGAACUCUGGGAGCAGCCAAGCGAGCCAACCCCAGUGAUACAGAGUCUACCAUUGUCAUGAGGGUUCUAAGGGACAUGAACCUUUCAAAACUGAUCGAUGAGGAUGAGCCACUUUUUCUGAGCUUGAUUGAAGACCUCUUCCCGGGCAUCCAACUUGACAAAGCGGGCUACCCUGAACUAGAAGCUGCCAUUGACAAACAGGUGGAGGAUGCAGGCCUAAUCAACCAUCCUCCUUGGAAGCUAAAGGUCAUCCAGCUUUACGAGACUCAAAGAGUCCGACAUGGCAUGAUGGCCCUGGGGCCCAGUGGGGCUGGAAAGACAACUUGUAUACACACGCUUAUGAAAGCUAUGACAGAAUGUGGUCAUUCUCACAGAGAGAUGCGCAUGAACCCCAAAGCCAUUACUGCACCUCAGAUGUUUGGCAGACUAGAUGUGGCCACAAAUGACUGGACUGAUGGCAUCUUCUCUACACUGUGGAGGAAAACACUGAGAGCAAAGAAAGGAGAGCACAUCUGGAUAGUGCUGGAUGGGCCAGUUGACGCCAUCUGGAUUGAAAACCUAAAUUCAGUUUUGGAUGACAACAGAACUCUUACACUCGCAAAUGGAGACCGAAUACCAAUGGCUCCCAACUGCAAGGUGGUAUUUGAGCCGCAUAACAUCGACAAUGCCUCUCCAGCCACCGUCUCACGCAAUGGCAUGGUGUUCAUGAGCUCCUCUGUGCUCACCUGGAUCCCCAUACUAGAGGGCUGGUUGAAGAAACGGUCCCCACAUGAGGCAGAGAUACUGAGAAAGCUCUUCUCUUCGUCUUUCUCCGAGCUCUACCGCUUCUGCGUGCAGUCACUAGAGUUCAAAAUGGACAUGCUAGAGGCCUUUGUAAUCAUGCAAUGCAUAAACAUGCUACAGGGACUCAUACCACCUAGGGAGCAGUGUGGCGAUUUAUCCAGAGAGUUCUUGGAGCGGCUUUAUGUCUUUGCACUAAUGUGGAGCGCUGGGGCCGUACUUGAACUGGAUGAUCGGAGGAAGAUGGAAAUCUGGCUUAGAGGAAACAGGAGUAUUCAUCUAAACUUGCCAGACAUUCCUCCUGACAGUGAGGACACCAUGUUUGACUACUAUGUCACAGCAGAUGGUCACUGGGUCCAUUGGAACACCAGAGUGGAGGAAUACAUUUAUCCAUCUGAAUUCACACCAGAGUACAGCUCAAUUUUGGUCCCCAAUGUGGACAACGUUAGAACAGACUUCCUAACCCAGACUAUUGCAAAGCAAGGCAAGGCUGUUUUGCUAAUUGGAGAGCAAGGAACAGCCAAGACUGUUAUCAUCAAGAGCUACAUGUCAAAGUAUGACCCUGAGACCCACAUAGGCAAGAGUCUCAACUUCUCUUCUGCUACUACACCACUAAUGUUCCAGAGGUCUGUUGAGAGCUAUGUUGAUAAGAGGAUGGGGACCACUUAUGGACCGCCUGCUGGGAAGAAAAUGUCAAUUUUUAUAGAUGACAUCAACAUGCCUGUCAUCAAUGAGUGGGGAGACCAGGUGACUAAUGAGAUUGUCAGGCAGCUGAUGGAACAGAAUGGUUUCUUCAAUCUGGAAAAACCGGGAGAGUUCACAAAUAUUGUGGAUGUUCAGUUCCUGGCAGCAAUGAUUCAUCCUGGAGGGGGCCGUAAUGACAUACCACAGAGACUGAAAAGGCAGUUCUCAAUCUUUAACUGCACGCUGCCCUCCAAUGCUUCGAUAGACAAGAUAUUUGGCGUGAUCGGUGAGGGCCACUUUUGCACAGGACGUGGUUUUAGCGAGGAGGUCCAGAGCACUGUACCUCGUUUGGUUUCCCUCACGCGUCGUCUCUGGCAGCUGACUAAGGUCAAGAUGCUUCCGACUCCUGCAAAGUUCCACUACAUCUUUAACCUGAGGGAUCUCUCCAGGAUCUGGCAAGGCAUGCUCAGCACCAAUGCUGAAGUUGUCACCUCUGUCCAGACGUUGAUGGCACUUUGGAAACAUGAGUGCAAGCGUGUGAUAGCGGAUCGAUUCACGAUGCCUGAUGAUGUGGAGUGGUUUGACCAGGCUCUGGUAAAGCUGGUGGAAGAACAUCUUGGUGAAGAGCACAAGAAUAUGGUGGACUAUGUAGCAGAAAGAUAUUUUGUUGACUUCUUGCGAGAUGCCCCCGAGGCCACAGGGGAAGAACCAGAAGACUCAGACUUUGAUUUGCCCAAAGUGUACGAGCCUAUUGAAUCAUUUGAGGCUUUAAAGGACCGUCUGAACAUGUUCCUAAGCCAUUACAAUGAAAGCAUUAGGGGUACUGGCAUGGAUAUGGUCUUCUUUCAGGAUGCUAUGAUACAUUUGGUCAAGGUGUCGAGGAUAAUCCGAACACCGGGAGGUAAUGCCCUGCUGGUGGGGGUUGGGGGUUCUGGCAAACAGAGCCUGACCAGAUUGGCCUCGUUCAUAGCUGGAUACAAGAUCUUCCAGAUCACGCUCACACGCUCAUACAAUACAUCCAACCUGAUGGAUGACCUGAAGAGUUUGUACAGAACAGCUGGCCAGCAUGGAAAAGGCAUCAGCUUCAUCUUUACUGACAACGAAAUAAAAGACGAGUCCUUCUUGGAGUACAUGAAUAAUGUGCUGUCAUCUGGAGAGGUGUCCAACUUGUUUGCCCGUGACGAAAUAGAUGAUAUCCUCAAUGAUCUCAUCCCUGUCAUGAAGCGAGAGUUUCCCCGGCGACCUCCAACCAACGGAAACCUGUACGAUUACUUCAUGUCACGAGUUCGACAUAAUCUCCACGUCAUUCUGUGCUUUUCCCCUGUUGGGGAGAAGUUCCGGAACCGAGCGUUGAAGUUUCCGGCGCUGAUCUCUGGUUGCACCAUGGACUGGUUCAGCCGCUGGCCCAAAGAUGCACUGGUUGCAGUUUCAGAGCACUUCCUGUCUGUUUAUGACAUAGACUGCUCAGCCCAGGUUAAAUGUGAGGUAGUUCAGUGCAUGGGCUCCUUCCAGGAUGGUGUAGCAGAGAAAUGUGUGGACUACUUCCAGAGAUACCGACGCUCCACCCAUGUCACACCCAAGUCUUAUUUGUCCUUCAUUCAAGGCUACAAAACCAUCUAUAAAGAAAAGAGGUCUGAAGUUCAGACUUUGGCCAACAGGAUGAAUACUGGUCUCCAAAAGCUGAAGGAGGCAUCGGUGUCAGUGGCAGCUCUCAGCAAAGAACUGGAGUUGAAAGAGAAGGAGCUACAGAUUGCCAAUGACAAGGCUGAUAUGGUGUUGAAGGAGGUGACAGUAAAAGCCCAGGCAGCAGAGCGAGUGAAGGUAGAGGUACAAAAGGUGAAGGACAAGGCGCAGGCCAUUGUGGACAGCAUUUCAGCUGACAAGGCCAUCGCUGAGGAGAAACUCGAAGCUGCCCGGCCAGCUCUCGAGGAGGCAGAGGCUGCGCUGCAGACAAUUAAACCGUCAGAUAUUGCCACAGUACGGACACUCGGUCGCCCCCCUCACCUCAUCAUGCGGAUCAUGGACUGCGUGCUGCUGCUCUUCCAGAGGAAGGUCAACCCUGUGAAAGUUGACCCAGAGAAGAACUGCAACACUCCUUCAUGGCAGGAGUCAUUAAAACUCAUGACUGCUGGAAACUUCCUGGGCAGUCUGCAGCAAUUCCCCAAGGACAGCAUUAAUAGGGAAACUGUGGAGCUCCUGCAGCCUUAUUUCGAAAUGCCUGACUACAACAUCGAAACAGCCAAGAGGGUGUGUGGCAAUGUAGCUGGCAUAGCAUCCUGGACCAAAGCCAUGGCUUCCUUCUUUUCCAUCAACAAAGAGGUCUUGCCCUUGAAGGCUAACUUGGCCGUGCAGGAGAAUCGUCUGACCAUAGCUAAUGCAGACCUUCAGAAAGCUCAGGCUGAGCUAGACGCCAAGCAGGCAGAGCUUGAUGUGGUACAGGGGGAAUAUGAGAAAGCAAUGAUGGAGAAACAGACGCUGCUGGAGGAUGCUGAGCGCUGCAGACACAAGAUGCAGACAGCGUCCAGUCUCAUCAGCGGUCUCGCUGGCGAGAAGGAGAGAUGGACGGAACAGAGCAAAGAGUUUGCUGUCCAAACCAAACGGCUCGUGGGUGAUGUUCUUCUGGCCACAGCCUUUCUUUCUUACUCAGGACCUUUCAAUCAGGAGUUUCGUAACCUUCUACUGAACGACUGGCAGCGAGAGCUGAAGCAACGUUACAUCCCGUUUGGUAACAACCUCAAUCUGACUGAACUGCUCAUUGAUGCGCCCACAGUUAGUGAAUGGAACCUUCAGGGUUUGCCAAAUGAUGACCUGUCCAUUCACAAUGGCAUUAUUGUAACCAAAGCUGCCCGCUUCCCCCUCCUUAUUGACCCACAGACACAGGGAAAAAUCUGGAUCAAGAACAAAGAAGCCAAGAAUGAGCUACAGAUCACCUCACUGAAUCACAAGUACUUCAAGAACCACCUAGAGGACAGUUUGUCUCUUGGUCGACCCCUUUUGAUUGAGGAUGUGGGGGAGGAGUUGGACCCUGCGCUUGACAACAUACUUGAGAAAAACUUCAUCAAAACCGGCUCCACUUACAAGGUGAAGCUUGGUGACAAAGAAGUGGAUGUGAUGAAGGGCUUCAGGUUGUAUAUGACCACCAAGCUGCCUAACCCGGCUUACACUCCUGAAAUAAGUGCUCGCACCUCCAUCAUUGACUUCACUGUCACCAUGAGAGGACUGGAGGACCAGCUGCUGGGCAGAGUCAUCCUCACUGAAAAGCAGGAAUUGGAGAAGGAGAGGACAGACCUCUUGGAAGAUGUGACAUCUAACAAGAGAAAGAUGAAGGAACUAGAAGACAGUCUUCUCUACCGACUGACGAGCACACAGGGUUCCUUGGUUGAUGAUGAGAGUCUGAUUCUUGUCCUUAGCAACACAAAGUGUACGGCUGAAGAAGUCACUCAGAAGUUACAGAUUGCCGCAGAGACUGAGAUCCAGAUCAACGCAGCCAGAGAGGAGUACCGGCCAGUGGCCACCAGGGGCAGCAUCCUGUACUUCCUGAUUACAGAGAUGAGUAUGGUGAAUGUCAUGUAUCAGACGUCUCUUAGACAGUUCCUGGGACUUUUUGACCUUUCUCUGGCCAGGUCUUCUAAAAGCCCUAUCACAAGUAAACGGAUCGCCAACAUCAUAGAGUUCAUGACCUUUGAAGUUUAUAAGUACGCAGCACGGGGCCUGUAUGAGGACCACAAGUUUCUUUUCACUUUGCUGAUGACGCUGAAGAUAGACAUGCAGAGCAACAAGGUCAAACACGAGGAGUUCCUCACACUCAUCAAAGGAGGUGCAUCCUUGGAUCUGAAGGCUUGCCCCCAGAAACCAGCUAAAUGGAUCCUUGACAUGACCUGGCUAAAUCUUGUAGAGCUCAGCAAACUUUGGCAGUUCGCUGAUAUACUGGAUCAGAUAAGUCGUAACGAGAAACAGUGGAAGGCUUGGUUUGACAAGGAGGCCCCAGAGGAGGAAGUAGUCCCAAACUCCUAUGACCAGUCUCUUGACUGUUUUAGAUGGCUGCUCCUCAUACGCUGCUGGUGUCCUGACAGGACCAUCGCACAGGCCCGUAAAUACAUAAUGGAUGCAGUAGGGGAGAAAUACACUGAAGGGGUGAUUCUUGAUUUAGAGAAGAUGUGGGAGGAGUCGGACCCACGAACACCUCUCAUCUGCUUCCUUUCAAUGGGCUCAGAUCCAACUGACUCCAUUAUAGCACUCGGGAAGAAGCUGAAAAUCGAGACCCGUUAUGUAUCCAUGGGUCAAGGACAAGAGGUCCACGCACGCAAGCUUCUGCAGCAAACUAUGGCUAAUGGUGGCUGGGCCUUACUCCAGAAUUGCCACCUGGGUUUGGACUUCAUGGAUGAGCUCAUGGACACUGUGACAGAGACAGACUUUGUCAACGACAGCUUCCGCCUUUGGAUGACCACUGAGGUCCACAGACACUUUCCCAUCACACUUCUCCAGAUGUCCAUCAAGUUCACCAAUGAACCACCACAGGGCCUCAAGGCAGGGCUUAAGAGGACAUAUGGCGGUAUAAACCAGGACCUUUUGGAUGUCAGUAACAUGGCGCAGUGGAGGCCGAUGCUGUAUGCAGUAGCCUUUCUUCACAGCACAGUUCAGGAGAGAAGGAAAUAUGGCCCCCUGGGAUGGAAUAUUCCCUAUGAGUUCAACCAGGCUGAUUUUAAUGCCACUGUUCAGUUUGUUCAAAACCACCUUGAUGACAUGGAUAUUAAGAAGGGUGUGUCCUGGAACACAGUUCGAUACAUGAUUGGAGAGAUUCAAUACGGUGGUCGUGUGACCGACGACUAUGACAAGCGCCUCCUCAACACCUUUGCCAAGGUGUGGUUCAGUGAGGAAAUGUUUGGACCUGCAUUUAGCUUCUACAAGGGCUACAGCAUCCCAAAGUGCUCCAGUGUUGACCAGUAUCUAACAUACAUUCAGGUCAGUCUCUAA